AUGACCAAGGCGGAGGGCCAGCCCAACGGCGCCGAGAGCCCCGCGCCCACGAACCAAGCCACGGCAUCUCCGCCAGGACAGACGGUUGUUGAGACGGAUGAUUUCGGUUUACCCAUCCGACGCAUCGUUCCCCGUACUGUGUCGCAAGAUCACGGCUCCAGCGGAACAGAGGAGGUCAGCGGUCAGACUGCUACGGGGCCCCAGAGUGGGAAGCAGAAUGGCGAAGGGAAGAAGGGCAAAACUGUGUCGACAGUGACCGAGACUACAGAAGUGGUUGAAGAUGGCGAGAGCUCCGGCAAGAAGGCCAAGGCCGACCAACAGGCUGAUGGCUCGACCUCAAAGUCCGACACCAAGCAGGCCGACACAACCGUUGUGGCGAAGAGGGAGUCUGUCUCGUUUGCCGAGAAAAGGAGAAGCUCCUUAAUGGGAGGGAAGAAGAAAGGGCACGCCCACAAGGCCAGCAUCGUGAGCAUUGCUAGCAACAAUGACCAUGGUGUGUCGGAGCACUCCCACCAGCAGCUCUCGACACAGAAGGAGGACGAGAAGGACGAUGCGAUUGAGACCUGGCAAGAGAUGCCAUCGUAUGCUCGGUACGAUAUGUACGACGACAAUGACAAGCUGAUCGCUCGAGAACACGAUGAGGCCAACGAUGAUGACGUGUACGGCUACGGAAAUCUCGGAGGGGCUGGCAAGGGAUACACGAGGGUACAGAUGGAUGAAGAUGCAGAAUCCGCCAACAGCAUAGACGACAACACCCAGUAUCUCUUCGGGGAGGGCUAUAAAGGCACAGCUAUGGCCGUUGAGGAUGAAGAGGAGGCUCGAGAUGCGGUUUCCCAAAUGCAAGCCACCAAAGACCUUCUCACAGAAGGUCAACGUAUAGCAUAUGUGGGCAUCGUGCGGUUAGAGAUUGUGAAGCAGCUUCGGGAUCUCAAGAGGAUAGAGCAUAUCGAUUCAUCCAAGAAAGUGAAGAAGGAAAUCAUGCAUGCCCAUGAGGCCAUGGCCAUGUGGGGGCAAAAGAUGAUGCUUCGUCUGUACGCUCACAUGGAUAUUAACGAGGCGGAACAGGUCAUGAUUGAGCAGCUUGCGGAGCAUGGUGUCAUCACCGCGGACCUCACGCCCACCCUCAUGGCUAACGCUAGAGUUCGCAACCCUAUGGCCGACGCGAUGAAAGAGGAGGAGACUGAAGAGACCAAAGGCGAAGAAACCACAAACGGAAAGGGGAAAGAGGCCGCCCCACCAUCUUAUUCUGAAGGUGAGGGCGGCCCAUCGACGCCAAACAACGAUGAUGAGAAGGGUUUGAAAUCGCCUGCAGUCACGGAUGAUACCCUUGCUCCUCCGCCUACUCCCAGGGAACGAAGCAAGACUCCUGUCGAGAAAAUCAAGACUAUAGAUGACGAAAUGCCUGCAACGCCACCCCCACCCUACCAGAGCAUUGACAUCCAAGAUAUGCCGGAAGUAAAGACGCCCACUCAGUUACCGUCGACGGAGAAGAUCGACAUCGAUUUAAGAUGGACAAUCCUGUGUGAUCUCUUCCUAAUUUUAAUAUCGGACUCUGUCUACGACGCUAGAUCAAGAACAUUACUCGAGCGCGUUGCCGAGAGUCUGGAAAUCAACUGGGUUGACGUUUGUCGAUUCGAGAAACGUGUCACGGAUGCUUUGGAAAUGCAACAAGCCGCCGACAAGGAGAACUGGAACGAGGACGAGCACCUGGAUAACCGCAGAAAGGCAGCACUCAAGAAGCGAUAUAUGGUCAUGGGCUUAGCAACUGUUGGUGGCGGAUUGGUAAUUGGUCUAUCGGCCGGUCUGCUGGCCGGUCCAAUUGGCGUCGGUUUGGCCGCUGGGUUUGCCACCAUCGGUGUCGGUGGCACCAGUGGUUUUCUCGGUGGUAUAGGAGGUGCUGCCAUCAUCACAUCGACCUUUGCUGCCUCUGGAAGCUACAUUGGUGGCAAGGCUGCCAACCGACGGACAGGCGCCGUCAAGACUUUCGAAUACCGACCACUCCACAACAACAAACGUGUCAAUCUGAUCGUUACUGUAUCUGGUUGGCUUACUGGCAAGGUGGAUGACGUUCGUCUCCCCUUCAGUACUGUUGACCCCUUGAUGGGUGACAUCUACUCUGUCCUCUGGGAACCCGAAAUUCUCCAGAGUAUUGGUGACACUAUCAGAAUUCUAGCUACGGAGGCCCUGACAACGAGUAUCCAACAAAUCCUCGGUGGUACCAUUCUUACCGCGUUGAUGGGUGCCAUUCAACUACCCUUAAUUUUAACCAAGUUGUCAUAUCUGAUUGAUAACCCUUGGGCUGUUUCACUUGACCGAGCGAUGUUGGCCGGCAAGAUCCUGGCAGACUCGCUGAUAGAACGAAACCUUGGUGCCCGCCCCAUUAUCCUCGUUGGUUAUUCUCUCGGCGCCAGGGUGAUCUUCUCAUGCUUGCUUGAGUUGGCCAAGCGAGGUGCGUACGGACUUGUACAAGAUGUCUACCUGUUCGGAUCGCCUAUUGUGGUGAAGAGGGAGGAGUAUUUGCGGACACGUACAGUGGUUACGGGACGCUUUGUGAACGGCUUUAAUCGUAACGACUGGAUUCUCGGCUACCUUUUCCGUCUUACCAACGGUGGUAUUCGCCGUGUGGCAGGGCUGGGGCCGAUCGAGGAGCUACCAUGGAUUGAAAAUUUUGAUGUCACGGACAUUGUGAUAGGACACAUGGAAUACCGUACAGCCAUGCCCAUUCUACUGAUAAACUGCGGAUGGAUGGUGGAAAGCGAGGAGUUUACUGAAAUCGAGGAUCCUGAUCCCGAGGGCCAUGAUCAACGGCAGAGAGAAUUGAUCAGCGAGAUCGAGGAGGCCCGGCGAGCGCUCGAAGAAGAGGGCAAAGCAGCCGCAGCGAGCAACAAGAAACCCGGCAUGUUUGGAGGUUUCUUCAGUGGGAAGUCGAAGGCGAAGAAACAGGAAUGGGAAAUCUACGAAGAGAAGGGAGCGAAGCAAGCUAUACCCCCCGACUCGAAAGAAAAAGAUAAGGAUGCGGCGUAUCAGGGGGCACUCUUUGAUGUGGAUGCUAUGCGUGCAGAAAUAGCAAGUGGUGUUACGGAAGAGACCGGUUCAGACCCCAAGGGAUCAGAGAAUAUUCAGAUCAAGGAGAUUGAAUCAACUCUGCCGCCCAUGUCACUGGAUUUGCCGCCCCCCUUGAAAUCUAAACCACAGCAGACGGUACUGGUCGUAAAGAGCGCUGGAGCUCCAAGCACCCCCAGACCCGAGGCUGACGAGGUAUCGAUGGUAUUCGACACAUCGUUUAGAGAUAAACCUCCUCCGCCGCCGCCCAAGGAUGAGUUCUCCAAACGUCCUGUUCCAGUAACAUCACAGACACUUCCUAAUAUAACACUAAACGACCCGUGGGCAGACGACCCUGACGAUGAAGAGUUCGGUAAAGAGAAGGAGAUAUCAAUGACUUUCGCAUAG